GACAGCUGAAGAGUGUGCAGAGGAGGGGACUUGGGGGGUCCAAGCUGUGCUGGUCACACCCUCAUCGCAGCACUCUGGGCCCAGGCUCCAGGCCCUCCCCCAGAGGCUUUGCACUAUUUUGGGUAGUGUAGACCCCGCCCCCACUCUGACUGAGUCCUGGCUCUCCCUCCAGCUGAAGGGGUCCUGUGGAUCUUGUUGGGGCUGCACUUGGGAUCAGGGCUUCCAGUCGCAACCAGAGUCAUGUCGAGCCGCACAGUGCCACAUGCCCACCCAGCCACUGCUGAGUACGAAUUUGCCAACCCCAGCCGCCUGGGUGAGCAGCGUUUCGGAGAAGGCCUCCUGCCAGAAGAGAUCCUGACCCCCACCCUCUACCAUGGCUACUAUGUCCGGCCUCGGGCCUCCAGAGCUGGGGAGGGCAGUAGGGCAGGGGCCUCAGAGCUCAGGCUCAGCGAGGGCAAGUUCCAGGCAUUUCUGGAUGUGAGCCACUUUACCCCAGACGAGGUGACCGUGAGAACUGUGGACAACCUGCUGGAGGUGUCGGCCCGGCACCCCCAGCGUCUGGACCGCCACGGCUUCGUGUCCCGAGAGUUCUGUCGCACCUAUGUCCUGCCAGCAGAUGUAGACCCCUGGCGGGUCCGAGCUGCCCUCUCCCAUGAUGGCAUCCUUAACUUGGAGGCACCUCGGGGUGGCCGGCAUUUGGAUACAGAAGUCAAUGAGGUCUACAUCUCCCUGCUCCCUGCGCCUCCUGACCCAGAGGAAGAGGAAGAAGUAGCCAGAGUUGAGUCCUGACUGCUGCGGUAGACCCAGCACCCAGUGAAACCCCUGUCUACAUCCCACGGUGAUUCCAGAAGUCCACCACCCCAGAGGUAGCAGCAUCCUCGGGGGGGAAAAGGAGAGAUGCAUGGUCCACAGUGUAUGGUUUGGUCCCUUGAUGUAUCAUAGGCUUUGAUUUAGUUUUGGGUAGAGCUGAAUAAACCCAAUCCUUGGGGCAUUGU